AUGGAAAAGAGCUUGACCGAACAAUCCAAGCAGGCGAUCUAUACCCCAACUCAGGAGAAGAUCCACUCCAGUGAAGGCUUCGAUGAAAACCUCGACAAGGCUGAGACUGAACGUGACAGGCCUGUUGAGGCAGCAUCAGAGACUGAGAUCGAAAGACAGAAAUCUGUGCAAGCCAUUGAAGAAUUGCGUGGCUUAGUUCGGUUCGUCGAGGCUCUUUCACCAUUGGUCAAAAUCAUCAAGCAAAAGCCAACGCAGCUCUUGAAGGCUGGCGAUGCAACCACCGACAGUGAAGAGACUCCCACGCAGAAGAGGGAGAAAAUUUCUGUUCCCUUCAAAGAUUUAUGGUAUAUAUUCCAGCCUGGCGAAUACAUCAUCUGCAAGGGCAGCAAGGAAGGCUACCAACGUGUUUGGAGAAUUGUGCAAUGCACAGGAGGCCGGGCAUACCUCUCAACUGAAGGAAACCGUGAUCGGGUUGAUGGACCUCACUUGGCUAAGCAUAGUCCGUUAGUAUUGGAUUGCUACUACCUCGACUUUGACGGGAAAAAGUUUGGUCCGGUAUACCACAGAUUCGACAUUCAGCCUUUCGAAAACAAUCGGGACGUAUCUUCGCUGGAAGUAUUUCCAAUCGCAUAUGCAGCCGAUUCGGAAACCAUUCUCAAUGAAUUGUCCAAGCAGGGAGAAGAUUUCGUUAAUGCUAUACGAGCCUGUCAAAAGUAUUGCGUGGGACGAACACGCACGUGGACACCAAAAGGCGAAAGGAUAGCUCAUCACUUGCACCCAGAAGACGUCGAUGGUCCGGUCAUGGUUGAUUUCGACCGUGCGAUCCAAUUCAACCCUACGUGGAGUCCCGACUUCACGCUGCCCAACUUUGCGGACCAAGAUAGGCGAGAAACUCGGGAAAUGACAAUGCACGAGGAUAACAUUUUGGAUGACUACGAAUGGGAUCGACAGAGAAUGGACGACUUCAUAAGCACCGAAGACAUCCUCCGCUCAUUCAACGACAGCAGUGACUUUGUUUCGCCAUUGCCCGCGGACUAUCGACUCUGUCCCAAUAGGGUCUUCGGCUUCAUUCUCCGAAGCCGUAAAUGGGCUUGUCUACCUGUGAGUGGGCUUAAGGAGAUCAAAAGAGAGACUUCGAAUCUCCAGGACCUUGAGCUUCCAGGACACCAUAAAGAUAUCGUCACCGGACUAGCGGAGUCUCAUUUCCGAACCAAAGCGAAGGAGAAACGUGCUCAAAGAUACGAGGCCCAGAGGGAAUUUGACUUGGUGCGGGCAAAAGGCAAAGGACUAAUUAUCCUACUCCACGGGGCUCCUGGAGUUGGGAAAACCUCAACUGCAGAGUGCAUCGCCGAAGCCAAUGCAACCCCAUUGUUCCCAAUUACAUGUGGUGACUUGGGCCUGAAUCCUGUAGAUGUCGAACAAAAUUUGGAGCUCAACUUCCAGUUGGCUGAGUCUUGGGGAUGCGUUUUGCUUCUCGACGAGGCCGAUGUGUUCCUUGCUCAAAGGACCCAGAACGAUAUCAAGAGAAAUGCGCUCGUAUCCAUUUUCCUCCGUGCUUUGGAGUACUAUUCCGGGAUCUUGUUCCUCACCACCAACAGGGUUGGGACCAUCGAUGAAGCUUUCCGCUCCCGCAUCCAUAUGAGUCUCCUUUAUCCUAUCCUCAGCGAGGCCCAAACCAUGAAGAUUUGGAAAAGCCAGCUCGCGAGAGCACAGAAGCGCGACCCGACUCUAAUCGUGAAGGCCGAUGAUGUCCUACUAUUUGCCAAGAAUUUGCACGAGCAGCAGAUG